AAAAAACUUUCAGGAACGGGGUAGUAUCUACCUAUCAGAAGGGAGAGAUUGUGUGAUUUUUUUUUUUGAUUUUUUUUUAUAAUAAAUUAUUGUGAGAUAUUGAAUUUGUUAAAAAGAAAAAGGUGUACCAAUAAAUGACAAUAGGAUUUAUUGGGUCUGUACAUAGUGGUAUCGAAGCUGGUGGAGUGAUUGCAUUGAGGAUAUUAGAAGUGUUGGUGAUUAAAUUGAAGCAAUUUUGUUUUCAAUUCAAGUUAUCAUCUCCAUCCCCAGAAUUCACUAACGGAGUUACACGAAUUUCCCUCUGCGCUAAGAAAGUCCGGAAAAAGGGAUUAAAUCCAAAUGGCUGCAACAAAUACCCUCAGCCACAUCCCUGAAAUAGUUGAAAAGGAAAGGGAAGACAUAGUUGUACAUAAUGAAGCAGAAAACAGGAUUGAAAUCUGCAACAACGACAACAAUAUAGUGGAAAUCAUUACACCUUCCAUAAAGAAAAAGAAAGGAGGAUGGAAAUGGGCCUAUUUCGUCUUAGCGAACCAAGCGUUGGCGACACUGUCAUUCUUCGGAGUAGGCGUAAACCUAGUGUUGUUCUUAACAAGAGUACUGAAACAAGACAAUGCCGUUGCUGCUAACAAUGUUUGUAUAUGGACUGGAACCGUUUACCUAUUCUCAGUGGUUGGCGCGUUCCUUAGUGAUGCUUACUGGGGUCGUUUCCUCACUUGCACCGUCUUCCAGCUCAUUCUUCUCUUGGGGUUGACGCUACUUUCAGUAACGUCAUGGCUAUUUUUAUUGACUCCAAAAGGUUGUGGUGAUGGUAAGUUAGAGUGUCAUGAGACAUCGUUCCUUAGCCAAAUAAUCUUCUACGUAUCGAUUUACAUGGUGGCAUUGGGGUACGGAGGCCACCAACCAACAUGUGCUACGUUCGGGGCGGACCAAUUCGACGACUCCGACCCGAAAGGAGAAGGUUCAAAAGCAGCAUUCUUUUGCUACUUUUACUUUGCACUAAAUUGUGGCUCUUUGUUUUCCAACACUGUUUUGGUGUACUACGAGGACAACGGGUCAUGGACUUUCGGGUUUUGGGUAUCGACAGCUGCCGCUGUUUUGGGUGUUGUGUUGUUUUUAGCCGGUACGCCCGGGUACCGGUUCGUUAAGGCGCGCGGCAACCCGUUGCCGCGCGUUGCUCAAGUGUUUGUCGCCGCGUAUAGGAAGCGAAGAGUGGCAAUUGCUGCUCCAAAUGAGCUAUAUGAAGUGGAAUGUUCUGAGUCUGCUAUUAAAGGAACUAGGAAGAUUGAACACUCUAAUUAUUUUAGGUUCUUAGACAAAGCAGCAACCAUAACUCAGCAAGACGUACACGAUCCAAGGAACCCAUGGCAUAUUUGCACCAUCACACAAGUAGAGGAAGCCAAAUGUGUCCUAAAACUGACCCCUUUGUGGCUUACCACCAUCAUCUACUCCGUCAUCUUCACUCAAAUGGCGUCGCUCUUUGUCGAGCAAGGCGAUGUAAUGGACACUAGAAUCGGGAACUUCCACUUCCCGGCGGCGAGCAUGUCCGUAUUCGACAUCUCUAGCGUACUCGUCUGCACGUGUAUUUAUCGACACAUACUCGUCCCUGUAAUUGGGAGGAUAAGCGGAAACCCUAAGGGGUUGACUGAGCUCCAGAGGAUGGGGGUAGGGCUAAUCAUUGGUAUGCUAGCUAUGGUAGCCGCUGGGGUCACUGAGAUUGAGCGUCUGAAAAGAGUGGUCCCACAUGAGAAAAGCAGCUCUAUGAGCGUGUUGUGGCAGAUCCCACAAUACGUCCUUAUGGGGGCAUCAGAGGUUUUUAUGUACGUUGGACAACUCGAGUUUUUCAACGGGCAGGCUCCCGACGGGAUAAAAUCCUUCGGGAGCUCGCUCUGCAUGGCGUCCAUGUCCGUCGGAAACUAUGUUAGUAGCCUAUUAGUUAACAUGGUUAUGUUAAUCACCGCGAGAGGUGCUAACCCCGGGUGGAUUCCUUUGGAUUUAAACGCCGGGCACGUCGAUAGGUGGUACUUCCUUAUUAUGGUGCUUACGGGUGUUGAUGUUGUCAUAUAUGUGCUCUUUGCUAGGUGGUACAAGCCAUCUACAUUCAUUGAGACUAGCCAUAAGCUUGAGGUGGAGACUAGAUUUGAUGGAGUUGUUGAACAAGAUGAAGAUGAAGAUGAAGCUAUUAAAAAAGUACUACCUCCGUUUCAGAAAGUUCUUUACGCUUUGGAAAAUGUGUCCAAAGUAUGAAAACUUUGACCGUAAAUUCCCACUAUUAUAUACAUCAAAAUGUUACAUGUAAGAUCAUGUUAGAUUGGUCUCGUUAUUCAUUUUGAGAAUAUUAACUUUUUAUAAUUUUUUUCCAUACAAAAUUGGAUAUAUUAACGGUCAAACAUUGCACCGGAGUCCGUGCAAAUAGUAAGUGUAAAGAUCUUUUUGAAACGGAGGAAGUAUCAACUUAAAUUAAUUAGCUUUUGGGGGUUUUAAUUAUGGAUUAGGGUAGUCAUUAAUUUUUUUAAUCUUAAAUUCUUAAUGUUAUGACAAAUUACAAUGGUGUUGUAGUUUGA